UUUGCUGCACAGCUAGCUUGUAAUACACAACCAAACUGGGAAAAGAGCUCCUAACAAACAAAAUAAAAAUAAGUUAACUAAAAACAAACACAGUUAACGUUUAGUUAUUCCAACUGUGGAGUUUAUGAGAAUGAGAAAAACAUACCCCAAAGAAAAAUUCACUGUAUAACAUAGUUAAUGUCUUAACAGAGUUUCCUAACAGCAAGAAGGUUUCACUGUCACGAACCCAGCGCGCGAAGUUUACCGCUCCACAACCUCGAGGCCGAGAGUCGUGAGCGCGCUUGGCGGCGACGCGCACGAAGAGGAACUGGCAAGGCGGAAGAGAGGACAUUGAACAAACUUGAAUACUUCUAGCUGAUUAGCUAGAGACACGUUUAGAUACUAUGUUAACAGCAGACAUUGUUUCUUACUUUCAUACAUUUUCACUUAGCUAAUCAAACGCCCCGACAACAUUCAGUCACCGCUGUCUCAACUCGCAACACGAUUCGACCCGACCAGUGGACUAGAGCAGUUUUCAAAUAGACGUUGCACUUGCUCGGGCGACCCGAGGCAAUUUAUCACCACAAAGUCACAUUUAGCUUCUUCAAAAGUGCCGCACUAUCCAGUGAACUGAACAAACACCCAAACACGACCAGCCCGCUGGCUCGAGGGGACUCGGACUUUUUUUCUCCUUUGUGGUAAAAGUUGCCCGUGCUUGUUGGAGGGAGCCGAAGAGGCCUGUGGUUGAGGAGGCUGCAUGUGUGAGGACCCCAGCUGGCGAGGACUGACUCACACCCCGUUCCACAAACAUGUCGGCCCAGGCACAGAUGCGAGCGAUGCUGGACCAGCUAAUGGGCACCGGGAGAGACGGGGACACCAUGCGGCAGAGGAUCAAAUUCACAGAUGAGCGAGUCUGCAAAAGCCACCUUUUGGAUUCAUGUCCUCAUGACAUCCUGUCAGGCACCAGAAUGGACCUGGGAGAGUGUGUCAAAGUCCACGACCUGGCCCUGAGAGCAGAUUAUGAGAUAGCCUCCAAGGAGCAAGAAUACUUCUUUGAACUUGAUGCUGCAGAGCACCUCCAGUCUUUCAUUGCUGACUGUGACCGCCGGACUGAGCUGGCCAAGAAGAGACUUGCUGAGACUCAGGAUGAGAUCAGCGCCGAAGUGGCUGCAAAGGCUGAGCGAGUCCAUGAACUGAACGAGGAGAUCGGCAAGUUGCUGGCCAAAGCCGAGCAACUUGGGGGUGAGGGCAACGUGGAUGAAGCUCAGCAGGUUCUGGAAAAGGUGGAGAAGACCAGAGCCUUAAAGAAGGAAGCAGAGGACGUGUACAGGAACUCGAUGCCGGCCUCCAGCUUUCAGCAGCAAAAGCUACGGGUGUGUGAGGUGUGCUCGGCCUACUUGGGCCUCCAUGACAACGACCGCCGCCUGGCGGACCACUUUGGGGGCAAACUCCACCUCGGCUUCAUCGAAAUCCGCGAGAAGCUGGAAAAGCUGAGGAAAGCGGUCGUGGAGAAGCAGGAGAGAAUGCGCAUGAAGCGACGAGAGGAGCGCGAGAAAGAAGAGGAAAAAGAGCGACAGUGGGAGUUGGAGCGGGAGCGCGAAAGAGAGAAGGAGCGACAGAGGGUGUGGGAGAGGGAACGAGAGCGGGAGAGGAGGAGGUCGAGAUCAAGAAGCGGAGAGAGAUACAGGGACGGAGGAGGCUCCUCGUCUCAUCACUCAAGACGCCAUCGCACAUCCCGCCCCAGAGAAGAGGGGCCGGAGCGGGACAGGGAGCGAGAGAGGAAGCAUCGGCACAAGGAGAGACACCGCUCGCGCUCCCACUCCCACAGGCACAAAAAGAAGAGGUCCUCCAGAGACAGAUCAACUCACACCCGUGAAAGAGAGGGCUCUCCCUCCCAGGAGAGAUGGAGAGAGGGCGCAGCAGCGGGAGAGGGGUGGCGUGAAGACAGGGCGAAUCACGGAGAGUGGGAGGACAAGGAGAGGUCCAUGUCUCCGGACACAGCCAGGGGCAGGGAACGGGAGAGGUCCCUGUCAUUUGAGCGGGACCGACGCUCCAGUUCCGAAGAGCGAGAGUCCGGCGAGAUAUGAACAGUUCUGUUGUUUUUGAUUUGGAGUUGUCAUUAAGGAAAAAGGAGGAGCAUGGGGUGAUGAGUUUGCUGGUGCCAGUUUAUUUGUCUGUCAAUGCUGUGUAUGCAUGUUCAAAGUGGGACAUGUACAUGUGGAUGGUGGACAAGAGGGGACUAACGUCAGACAAUUUUAAAAGAUUGAGGCGAGACUUGACACGGGAUCGGUACAGUUGUCAUUUUUAUGUCAUCUUGUUGACCUUAAUGUACAGUUAUUUACACAGUGACAAGGGAAGAGAGAGUUUAAAAAAACAGCAAGAUUUGAUUUUUUUUUUUUUUUCCUGUUGUUUUUUUUUUCUUUUUUUUUUUUUUUUCUUUUUAGUUGGACCUGUAACUUAAUUCAGUUUCCCUGUUCCAUUAGGAACUGAAGAUUCAGCAGGUGUGGCGCAGUGCUACUAGAAAGGAACUGUGACUGAUUGGAGGCACAUCUAACAUUUGUGUUUUACUUGCCGCCUUCGAGCAUCACAAUGUUAUUUGGGUGGAAUCUGACACAUCCCUCAAGAUGCAGUGAUGAGCUUGUACUUUAAAAAUAAACUCACUUGUCCUCCUGAAAGAUGUAAUCUAAAUAUUUCCACUCAGAUCUGGAGAGAAUAUUGCAAGUGAUUAUAAAUGACGUGUAUAUUUACGCACUGAGACUUUGCUGUAAUACAGCGUGGACUUAUUCGGGAAGGAGGGUGAGGUCGGGGUUCUAAUCUGUGAUGCUGCCAUCAAGUAAAUAAAAUAUUCUGUUAAAAUACAUGC